ACAGUUGAACAUGUUGUCGAUACAAUAAAGACGGCAGGCUUGACUCUGGGAAUUACAAUGAAGAAGUCAUUGUAAAAUAUAAAGAACUAAAUUUCCAAUUCAAAACCAGAAAAGAGUGCUAUGAAUCUUCAAUCAUUUUUGUCAAAUAAAUUUUCCGAUGUGAAAUGUGAAUGAGUUCAGUCACGGUACAAUAUUCAUUAUUUAAAAUUCUGAUACCUAGUGAUGAAUAUGAUGAAGUUAAUGAAUCUUUUUUUUUAAAGAAUUAUAAUAUUCAAUCAAGUUGGCCAAACAGAGCAAGUGUUCAUAAUUUUUGAGUGUUGUUGAACACUGGUGUAGUGAUGAAUGUUUAAGUGUAGCCAAUUUUCCGGGAUAUAUUUGAGAAAUUUAGCUUCUACCGUUCUGUACAUAAUCAUUUUGACCAGGGUUGGCUUGAAGGUUAAGAACAUUCAGAUAACUACGAUAUCUGAAUAGAUGAAAUGAAACAUUCGGAUAUUGUGACGAAAUGAUUGGCUUGGAGAACGAGCUCUCAAAAGACCAAUACAAUGUUGCUAUUUGUUUAGAAUUCAUCGUAAAUAAUGUUUGUAUCUUCAUGUACCUUCAACAUGGAUGAUGUGAUGGACAAGUCCAACUUAGUUUGCAGUAUUCUACCUAUCCUAGCAACCAGGUCACCUCCUGUUGAAGUACCCUGUACAUAUGCAAAACGGCGUAAUUUGAAAGCAAGGUUCAAAGUCGACCCACGCGAGUGCAACGUCGUAGCAACACACUAGAUGAAUUGUUUACAGAAGAAUCAAGUAGAGAAUUCAAGAUCAAGCGGCUAACCCAAGAAAAAAACCGAGACAAUCCUAAUGAGAAGACUAUCUACAUGGAUGUGCGUCCAGAAAAGGACAUACUCAUUCGCCAAAUCAUUAAACUGAUAAAUAGUGCUAAAAACCCAAAAAUUUGCUAUUUCGAAACUAUGACUAAUUUGAUCCUAGAGGGUAGUGCAAGAGGAAGGCCCAAUCGACGUUUGAAAAGAUCGAACGAAACCGAUGAAUGUCUGACAAAGCUACUAUGGUACGAAGCGCAACUCAAUGAAACGGAAAGAUUGAAAGAACUAAUCCUUCUUUUAGCUGUUCUUGAAACUCCGUGGAACAUUGCUUAUAUAAAUAAGCUUUUAGAUUUGAGAGUCAACAUCAACGUUGAUGAUAGCGAAGGAAAUAACCUGUUGGGACGAUUAGCUUACAAGGAUUUCUCAUACAAACCUUAUCGAGAAGUAGCAAAGUUAUUGAUCGAAAGGGGUAUUUUUAUAAACGAUGAUUGUCAAACCCCUUUGGAAACUGCACUUAUCUGCCGAAAUUUCAUAUUAGUAGGAUUGCUUCUAAGACGAGAUGCAGUAGUAACUCCUAGAUGGUAUAACAUCUGUCUUGAUAGGUACUUGAAAAACAACGAUAUUAGAGGUUACAUUACGUUGAUUAGGUGCAAUGUUGCGAAGGUAUUACAAAGAAAAACACAUAGAUAUAAUGUCAUAUAUAGGCCCGAGUGGGAUCUCGAACGGAGGAUAAACAAUAUUCUCAAAAGCGACAAAUUAUUUUUUGAGAAGGAAAUUAACAACACGAAUGUUUCGUACUUCGAUAUUGUGGCCAAACCCAAAGAGACAGUUGCGAAAUACAUGAGAAACGAAAACGUUCUUCAAGAGAUAGAGCUCCAUGUCCUUGAAACUUCUGACUACUACUACGAUAUUAUUGACGCUCGAAAUAGGGCAUUGAUAAGAAGGGACCUUGAAAAUUUCGCAAUAUCGAUUUUCAAAAAUUAUUUUAACAUAUCUGUGACGUGCUCGGAUGAAAUCGUUUCUCAUCUUACUGACGAUGAUUUGAGAAAAUUCUCGAGAAUUUGGAAACAUUGAUUUCGCAAGUACAAUCAGUCAACAUGGAAAUUAAUGCACGAGUAAGACCAUUUAGAAAGCUAGAGAUUUAUUUCUGAAUGAGAUGAUCAAGUUUUGCUGCAGGGCAAUCGUUGAAUCUUCUGAAUUCUAUUAUCAAAGAAGUUCGGUAUGACGCUCUAAUCAGUAGGUACCUUCAGUACAUACUAAUGUACAUAGAUUAGAGUACCUACUUAAAUUUCAGUAAUUCCUAUAAAUAUUCGAAAUCAAUGGAAUAUUUAAGUGACCUCCAGAAAUGCGAAUUCCAACGAAUGAAAUUUUAUUCUUAAUCAGCUAUAGCUUUCAAAUUUAGGAUGCGAUAUCAACGCAACACAUUGGCUUGAAAAUGUUUGCCUUGAAGAAGUAAAAUCUUUUUAAGACCGAUGAUGAUGUACUGUAGUAGAUAUUGUUUCAAAAUAGUUCCUAAAAGUUGUUUUGGUAUCUCUAAAUUUCAUACAUAAAAAUGCAUGAAAAUCCGCAAUUUUAGACUAAAUUUUCAAUGAAUAAUUAUGAAUUUCACUGUUAUUGAGAUAUGUACUUUAUUUAUGAAUAC